ACAUAUAAAAGAAAUAUUUUUCUAUUUAUAACUUGCACCACCACAACCAUGGCAGUAGCCUGCUAGGUUUAAUUCUAGGGUUUGUUCUAAAAUGGGGGUUUCAGUGCUGGUUUUAGCUGUGUUUCUCCAACUUGUUGGUGGAAUGUUUGCCCGUGAUGUUCACUUCGACGAAAAUUAUGGAGUCGUUUGGGGGAAACCUGAUCAUGUGGAAACUUGGUAUCGAGGGAGAGAACUCGUGCUUUUCUUGGAUCAAGCUUCGGGGGCUUCGUUUGUAUCCAAGCAAUGGUUUGGUUCUGGGUUCUUUCAUAUGAAGAUCAAAUUACCACGAGGGAAUUCUGCUGGUGUCGUCACAACUUUUUAUCUAACUUCAGGUGACGGUGACCGAGUAAAUGACAAAGCUCAUGAUGAGCUGGACUUUGAGUUCUUGGGUAACAUAAAAGGAGAGCCAAUCCUACUGCAGACAAAUGUUUUUGCAAAUGGCACGGCCGGUAGAGAACAAAGAAUUACUCUUUGGUUUGACCCCACAACGGAGUAUCAUGACUACAAAAUUCUUUGGAACCAGAAUCAAAUUGUAUUUUAUGUCGACGACAUCCCAAUUAGGGUAUUUAAGAACCUCACAGAAUCUGGGGUUCCCUUCCCGUCACAACCAUUGCAAAUUCAAGCAAGCCUUUGGCAUGCAAAAUGGGCAAGUCAGAAUGAGACGGAUUGGAGUUAUGCACCAUUUAAAGCUCACUACCAAGGAUUUGACAUAAGUGGCUGCCCCUGCGCAACAAAACAAUGCAUGAACGAAUGUUAUGGGCAGAAUUAUUGGUGGAACGACAUAAGGGAAUUAAACUCAGACCAACGACGGGCAUAUGAGGAUGUGAGAAGGAGACAUAUGCACUAUGACUAUUGUGCCAGUCAUACACCUGCCCCAGAGUGCAGUUUUAAUAGCUAGGGUUAAUUUAGUAUCAAGAUUCAAGAGAGGCUUAGAAAAAUUUAAACCCUACCCCCCCC